ACGCGAUCCUCCAUCAAUUAAAUAUCGACGGCGAAUUUAUCUAAGACUCUUAAAACUUAACAACGAUGGCGACAACAGAAAGUGUAAUCAAAAGAGCUCACCCAAUCUACAUGGGCACACUCGUCCUAUUCGGCAUCAUCCUGAUGUCUAUCACAGCCUUCCUCGUUGACAGGUACAACAGAUUCGACAACUUCCCUGCGACAGGCGUAUCAAACACCGUCAAGUACCUCCUCUUUUGUUCUUUAUGGUCAAUCGUGACCUCCGCUAUCUACCUUGUUGGUUUCUUAGCCGUACCACUAGGCUCCGGCGGCGCUUUACUCUCCGUCGCAUCGCACCUUAUAUGGGUGAUCCUAUCCUUCUGCAUAUGGCUCGCAGGUGCUGCUGCGAUCACCGCUGAACUUGGAGGUGGAUUGAGCUGUAGAUUCUCAGAUUUCACCUAUUGCCAUCAUUUAAACGCUGUUUUGGGCUUAACUUGGAUUGAAACAGUUUUGGUCUUCCUGGGUAUGAUCGCAAUUAUUGUUCUCUCAGUCAGGUCACGCUCAUCAAGCGGCCAUAUCGCUGCCUGAGCGCUCGUCAUGAGCAGGGAUUGCUCAUAGGCACAACCAAGAUGGUUGACAUCCUAACCUUUUGUUACGUGAUUUACGGCUUACGAAUACUACAAACAAUAAUUUACGACAUACAGCGAUUAGAUAUUGUAUUCUAAUUUAAUUUUUAGUCUACAAUUGUCUAUUUAUGCUAAUUUAUUACAUUUAAUUAC